AUGGCCGCGCGCGGUUACAUCGCGUUUUUCGCGCUCCUCGCGUUCGCGACUUCAUCUACGUACGCGACUACAUCUGCGUACGCGCAGAAGGCUGUCAUCUACGUGGAUGUAGCCAACAAGACCCAUGAGAACGUGGUCAGCAGACCCCAAGAUGACCUUCUCAGCGAGCUGCACUCGGUCAAAGAAGACGCACUGCUUCUGUACACCGACUACGCGUCCAGGGCUGGCAAUGACGUGAAGAUUUUCAUGAAGAAUAUCACGGGAUACGCUGAUGAAGUCAUUAGAAGUAACGGCGUUGAUCCCACAGCUAAUUAUUCCGAUGAAUGCACGACUAAGUUCGUGUAUCACCUGAAGAAGAUCGAACAUGACGCUCGCCGUGCUGCGACCUACAGCGGGGACAGUCACCACAAGUUCCUUCUGGGACACAUGAUCGUGUUCCGCAUGCAUAUCAACAAGAGUAAAGAUUAUUUGGAGAAAUACGAAAAGGUGUACCGUGACUGUGGACUGCUGUGCGAGACAACAUCCCGAAUGAAACGCUGGCACCGUCUCGCAAUCGAAGAAAUCCACCGAGUAAAGGAUGAUAUUCAACAUUCGAAGAGGUCGUACCGCGACCUGGUGUCGCACGCCAGGAGAAAACUCAACCACCUGAAGAAGCAGGCUCUCUCCAGGGCUAGAGAUGCUAUCGACGAGUACAACCACUGUAUAAGAUAUUAG